AAAAAAAAAAGACAAAGAAAAAAAAAAAGAACACAAUCAUCAUAUACAGUUGCAAUUGUGUGUUCUAAUUAAUGGCUGGUCGAAUUCUCCCGAAAGAGCUCCACAUCGAGGCGAUGCAAACGGCGAUGCCGUGCCGAGUGACCGAGCCCGGGCGGCGUCCCCGCCGCAUCGCCGCAGCCGCCGCCUACGCCGCCCCGCUGUUUCAGAGCCGGUUCCGGAUCAUACUUUACUACAGAAGCGCCGGGAAGGAGGAGUCGGCGUGGACGGUGGCGGCGUGGAUGAAGGAGUCGCUGAGCGCGGCGCUGGCGGAGAGGCCGGAGCUGGCGGGGCGGCUUCGGAGGGCUGCUGUCGGGGAGGGAGAAGGAGGGUGGGAGGUGAAGCUGAACGAUGCCGGGGUUCGACUCCUGCAGGCGGCCGUGGCCGAGGUCAGCAUGGCGGAAUUCUUGGAGGCCGCCGCCGCCACAGGGACGGCUGCUGCGGCAGAGAAAGAAGCGCCGCUGGCGUUCUGGGUGGACGUAGAUGCAGAGAAUCCUGAGUUCUCUGCUUUGUUUUACGUGCAGGUGACACAAUUUCAAGGCGAUGGAUAUGCUAUUGGGAUAUGCUGCAGCCUCCUUUUAGCUGAUCCUUUGUUCUUAAUCCAAUUCCUCAAGUCAUGGGCGGAAACCCAAACCCAAAUGCUAGCGCAAGGCCUCCUUACGAAAACCCCGAUUUUCCACUUGGGUCACUUCCAAAGACCCACCCACCCUAAGCACCUUAAAUCUAUCCCCUUCGAUUCCUCUACUGCAAGUACUGUCACUGUUUUGUUCAAAAUAUCUUACAAUGGAGGCCGAGACGAAUUACCCUACAAGGCGAUCGCCUUUGCUUGUUUGAAGGAAGCUGCAGAGAGAGUCAAAGGUAAAGUAGUAGACAAAUUCUGCCUCAUGAUCAACUACGGCGAUGGUGUUCCCAAGGACUUGAGGAUCGAAUCAUGCACGAGACCAGAGGUGCCAUCACCGCCAGUUGAUCUUCAAUUGGACGGCACGAUUAAAAUGGUGCAGUGGGGCCAGUUUGGGAUUGAGGAGUUGACACUAACACAAGAGAAUAAGCCGGUUCAUGUGACAUACCAAAUGAUAUCUCCUUCCUCCUUCUCUUCUAAUGAUGAAGGGUUGGUGGUGAUCAUGUCACCCUACGAGGAGAUCAAAGGUGUGUCUGAAAUGAUGAUGAGUAUAACAAUCCCUAAGAAGUAGAAGUUGCUUAUCUCCACGUUGUUGUUAUUGGUGUGUAUUUAUUCAGUUAGAUGUGCUUGGUGAAUUGGUUUGUAAUGAAAGGAUGUGUGUUGUUACUUAUAAACAAUAAUAAAUGCUUGGUACUAGUUUUUCUUUGGUAUUGUAAAGAUGGUUUUAGAUGGCAGGAAUGCUGUGGUUUGCCUAUAUAUAAGAAUCUAAACUGGAUUAUAUUUUCUCGUC